AUGACGGCCUUUAUCCCCCGCGCCGUCUUCCCAACCCUCGACUCGCUCCCGCGCUCCUACUAUCUCGGCCAUCAUGCUGCAGGUCUCGCCAAGAUGCGCACGAUGCUGUCCCAGAUCGAUCUCAUCGUCGAAUGCCGCGACUAUCGCAUACCGUUGACAUCGCGCAAUCCGAUGUUCGAGGACAGUUUGGCGGGACGAGAGCGAAUGGUGGUUUAUACGAAGAAGGAUCUGGGCAGCAAUCGCUCCGCAGAAGAUGUCAAGAGGCACAAUCUCAUUCGCAAAUGGCACGAACCGUCACAAGUCAUCUUUUCCGACCACAAGAGCCAAAAAGACAUACGGCGCGUGCUUGACUUGAUCAAAGAUGGGAGUAGAACAAGAGGAGGUUUGACCGGCUCUCAUUUGAUGGUCGUGGGCAUGCCGAAUGUCGGCAAGUCUUCCCUUCUCAACGCCCUGCGAAGGGAAGGUGUGGGUAAAGGAAAGGCGGCUUAUACCGGCGCGCAGCCUGGUAUCACUCGCAAGAUCGGGACCGGAGUCAAGAUUGUGGAGGCAGACGAAGGUGGCACUGGGAGCGUCUACCUACUCGAUACACCGGGAGUCUUCAUGCCGUACGUGCCCGACGCCGACGCCAUGCUGAAGUUGGCGCUCUGCGGUAGUGUCAAGGACACGAUCAUCCCGCCCUUCAACCUGGCGGACUACCUUCUAUUCCACAUCAAUCUACAUGAUCCGAACGUGUAUUCCGAGUAUUCAAAGCCAACCAACGAUGCCAUGGAGCUGCUCGAUGCGGUUGCGAAGAAAACUGGUCGGUUACAAAAAGGAGGAGUGCCGGAUCUCGAGGGAUCAGCGUUGUGGAUGAUUCAACGGUGGCGCAACGGACAGCUGGGAACCUUCACGCUCGAUGAGGUCACCGAGGAGUCAUUGGAACUGGAUAGAAUGGGCGAUCCAACAAGGACGAGUCUGAGCCAGGCGAGAAAGGCUGGCAAGGAAGCCUCUCGCGCCAGACAGAAGGCCCGGAGAUCGAGCGCGGAGUGA